AUGGAUCCAAAGCCGAUCAACUCGACAAUAAGAAACUUUAAAGGCUUGGAGUAUGAUAUCAGCGACCCAAAGUUCGAAGGAUUAUCCAAAAGAGCGAUUAAACGACUUUUGAGAGAUGAGCAAUGGGACGCCAACAAAGAAGAAAGAAAGUCAACACUUCGAGAAAAAGUUCGAGUAAGGCGAUUAGAGAAGCGUAGACAGAUGAGGGAGGGUAUCAUUGAACGACCUCCAACGAAAAAGAAACUGGCCUACUUGAGCGAAAUGACGAAUGUUGGUCUCAUUGUCGAUUGUGGAUUCAGUGACCUCAUGACAGAAAAAGAACAUUUAUCAUAUGUUAAGCAACUCGGAUAUACCUACGGAAAAAAUAGGAUUGCGCCAAAAGCGAUGAAAUUGGCACUGACUUCAUUUGACGACACACUUAAAGAUCUCCUGGAUCGAAAGCUACCCACAUGGCAACAAUGGAAGGAAAAUACAGUUUCGGUACACUCAGAAUCUUACAUGGACCUGUAUGAUAAAGACAGCCUUGUAUAUUUAUCAGCAGAUUCAGAUAAUGUUAUUGAAAAGUUGGAAGAGGGCAAAAACUAUAUUAUCGGUGGCAUUGUGGAUAAAAACAGGUACAAAAACUUGUGUCAAGACAAGGCUGUCAAACAAGGCAUCCAAACUGCUCGAUUGCCCAUUGGAAACUAUUUGCAAAUGGCAAGCAGGAAAGUUCUGACAGUUAAUCAGGUAUGCGAAAUCAUGUUGAAAUGGCUAGAGUUGCAUGACUGGCAACAGGCAUUUAUGGACACUAUCCCGGGUAGAAAAUUGAAGGAUGUGAAGCUCAUUGAGAACGAGUCUCCACGAGAAGAAGAAGAAGAAGAAGAAGAAGAAGGCUCGCAAAAGGCACCAUGA